AUGUUUGGACUGAUGUUCAGUCUCAUGACCACUGCAGUCUCUGUGGUGCUACCGCUCUAUCAAUCGUGCAAGUCUGUCGGGUCAGGAUCUGACCAAGAGCUCAAGCAUUGGGUCUCAUACUGGAUCGUAUAUGCACUUUAUCAACGUGUAUCCUAUACUUAUGCGUUUUCAUUGCUUGUGGCCCCAUUGCCACUAUCGGGAGUAGUGCAGUUUGUGAUCGGCUGCUGGUUUGUGGUUCCUUUGGAUGCAGAACAUCGGGUUGACUUCACUGAAAUCGCAUCACGAAUUUCAAAGGGAAGUUUUGACUUUUCUGACCGUGAGUCGGGUGCUGAUUAUGUGAUGAUGGAGUAUGUUUUGCCGUAUGUGACUGACAUGGAGACCCAGAUUAAUGACUUGAAAGCGAGAGAUUGGCAGAUUCUGAGGCAGAUUCAGUGUCUUUUGGUACUGGCUUACAAUUGGGGAGUUGAUCGUGUGGCAAAGGGCAAUCCUAAGUUCAAGGUGGCCGUCGAACAGGAAUCUGUGCAGUCAUUGGCCAGCACGGGUGACAGACUUGGGCUUUCUGGAUUGCCUUCUGCGAUUCCACGGUUUUACGAAACUGCAAUUGGUUAUUGGACUGGAAAGGCCAGUGAAAGUACCGAGUCGGCUAAGGAGUCAAAGUCCACCGAAGGGUAUGCUGUAGUGGACAAAGACGACCUUGUAGAUUUCCAUGCUGGUUCUACCGGCACAGCCGCCUCCACAGAACCAAAAGAGCGCCGCAGCUGGUUUGGUCGUCCUUCAAGCGAGCCAGUGGCUGAGGUUGAUGGUUGA